AUGUCGUCGGGAAAGGGAAAGGAUACGGACAAGACAAAUACAUAUGAGGUGAGGAAGGAUAGGGUAGUGACGAAUGUGCAGGGAAACCCCAUCAACGAACCUUUUGCCACGCAAAGAAUUGGGAAGCAUGGCCCGUUGUUGAUGCAAGAUGCCAACCUGAUCGAAGUGCUCGCACGUUUCAACAGAGAACGGAUUCCGGAAAGGAAUCCGCAUGCGCACGGAUCGGGGGCUUUUGGUUACUUUGAAGUCACCGACGAUAUUACGGAUAUCUGCGGAUCAGCAAUGUUCAGUGAAAUUGGCAAAAGGACGAGAUGUUUAACGCGAUUCUCGACGGUGGGUGGUGAAAAGGGCUCGGCGGAUACCGCUAGAGACCCAAGGGGGUUUUCUACGAAAUUCUACACUGAAGAAGGUAAUUUGGAUUGGGUUUACAACAAUACGCCGGUCUUCUUUAUUCGUGAUCCGGCCAAGUUCCCACAUUUCAUUCACACUCAAAAGAGAAACCCUCAAACUAAUUUGAAAGAUGCUAAUAUGUUCUGGGAUUUCUUGACUACACCUGAGAAUCAGGUGGCCAUCCAUCAGGUAAUGAUUCUUUUCUCUGAUCGUGGUACUCCUGCAAGUUACAGGACGAUGAAUGGUUAUUCUGGUCAUACGUAUAAGUGGUCGAAUAAAAAAGGGGAUUGGCAUUACGUGCAGGUUCAUAUCAAAAGUGAUCAGGGCAUCGAAAAUUUCACAAACGAGGAAGCUGUCAAACUAGCAGGUGAAAAUCCAGAUUUUGUUCAAAAGGAUCUUUUCGAGAAUAUUGAAAAGGGUAACGCACCCUCUUGGACAGUUUAUAUUCAAACAAUGACGGAGGAAGAGUCCAAAAAAUUGCCCUUUUCAGUUUUUGACCUGACGAAAGUUUGGCCCCAUAAACAGUUCCCAUUACGUCGUGUGGGUAAACUUGUAUUGAAUGAAAACCCCAAAAACUUCUUUGCACAAGUGGAACAGGCAGCAUUUGCACCAAGUAAUACAGUCCCAUAUCAAGAAGCGAGCGCUGAUCCAGUUUUGCAAUCAAGACUGUUUGCAUACUCUGAUGCUCAUCGCUACAGAUUAGGUGCAAACUUUAAUCAAAUUCCAGUAAACUGCCCUUUUGCAUCAAAAUUUUUCAAUCCUGCCAUUAGAGAUGGUCCGAUGAAUGUUGAUGGUAAUUUUGGUUCAGAGCCUAAUUAUUUGGCUCAAGACAAAACAUAUCAAUAUAUUCAACAGGCUAGACCUAUCCAACAACAUCAAGAAGUUUGGAAUGGCCCCGCAACACCAUUCCAUUGGGCCACUUCACCUGGUGAUAUCGAUUUCGUUCAACCAAGAAUGUUAUAUAGAAAUGUUUUAUCAAAACAGCCAGGUCAGCAAAAAAAUUUGGCUCAUAACGUUGGUGUUCAUGUAGCAAAUGCUUGCCCAGAAAUUCAAAAACGUGUUUUAAAAAUGUUCGCAAAAGUUGAUCAAGAAUUGGCAUCUAACAUAGCAAAAGAGUGUAAAGCUGCUAUGAUUCAUGCGGAAUCGCGUGCUAAAUUAUGA